UUACGGUUGUCCUAUUCCCAACAUUACCCAAGAAGAUGACAUUGCCGAAUACGACGGUCAUGUCAACUGGGAAGCAGUGCUAUGGGUGGACCGAGCGUUACCCUUAUGGUGUGCUCAAGUGGUGUUGUCGGCGAUAAGUUUAUCAGAGGCCUUACUUCUAGCUUAUCUUGGCUACAAGGGAAACAUAUGGCAGCAACUAUUGUCCUUCAACUUAAUUCUGGAGUUAAUCAGCAACGUUCCAAUCAUUCUUACGAUAUUCUGGCCACCAUUAAGAAACCUCUUCAUUCCUAUCUUCUUGAAUUGUUGGCUUGCUAAAUUUGCCCUGGAAAAUAUGUUUAACGACCUUCACAGGGCCAUGCAGAGGUCUCAGUCUGCUUUAUCUCAGCGCUUGACGAUCCUUACAGCCACACUACUGUGCCUUAUAUUUACAAGUGUUUGUGGCUAUCAACACUUCCAGAGGGCGGGCAGUCUUCACGUGAACAUGCUUGAAAGUUUGUACUUUGUAGUGGUAACCUUUUCUACGGUGGGCUAUGGUGACUACAGACCUGAUAACUACCCAUCCCAGCUCUUUAUGGUCGUGAUGAUAUGUGUGGCGUUAGUAGUUCUACCCACUCAGUUCGAACAGUUAGUUUUUACAUGGAUGGAACGGCAAAAGCUAGGAGGGACUUACAGCACCCAUCGAGCUCAGAGCGAACGACACGUGGUUGUGUGCAGUACAACCCUCAAAGCUGAGAUUGUUAUGGACUUUUUAAACGAGUUUUAUGCUCACCCACUUUUGCAGGAUUAUUUUGUGGUACUACUGUCCCCUUGUGAACUGGACAGCACAAUGAGGAUGAUCCUCCAGGUUCCAUUAUGGGCCCAAAGAGUAAUCUAUAUUCAAGGGUCCGCGAUGAAAGACACUGACUUAACCCGUGCUAGAAUGAAUGCGGCAGAGGCUUGUUUUAUUUUGACGGCCAGAAACUACGCUGACCGCAGUGCAGCGGAUGAACACACCAUUCUUCGAUCAUGGGCUGUCCGGGACUUCGCCCCUAACGUUCCACAGUACGUACAGAUUUUCCGUCCCGAUAACAAGGUGCACGUUGCAUUUGCCGAACAUGUGGUUUGUGAAGAUGAGUUCAAGUAUGCUAUGUUAGCCAAUAACUGCUUGUGCCCAGGUACUUCUACUCUCGUCACCCUUCUCCUUCAUACAUCACGUGGACAAGAAGGACAAACGUCAGAUGAGGAGUGGCAUCGUUUGUACGGAAAAUGUUCUGGUAACGAGAUUUACCACAUCCGACUAGGCGAAAGUCGCUUCUUUGGAGAAUACGAAGGAAAGUGUUUUACGUUCGCCUCUUUUCACGCACACAGAAAAUACGGAGUCGCUCUGGUUGGAAUCCAAACAAAUAUUCAAGAAAACCAACCAAUCAUGCUCAACCCUGGGCCUUCUUACAUCAUGAAAAACACAGAUAUUUGUUUCUAUAUGAACAUCACAAAGGAAGAAAACAGCGCCUUUCUGACAAGUGGAAAUCGCAAUAAAAAUAAAGAAAGGGUUUUAGAAGGCACAGGCCAGAUAAUCCAACGAAGAGACAAAGAAAAGAAGAAGUCAGGUAAGAAAACGCAUCUCGACGUGCCAAAUGAAGGCGCUGUGGAGAGUUCAACGUCCAGAAAUCGUCGUCCGAGUAUAGGUGCAGUUCCAGACAUAGUAGAACAAGGAACCGAGGAGGUGGAAGACGACUUUAACAAAGAGGAAGGUUUUCAUCAAAUACCGUGGAGUGCUUCCGCAGAAUGUUGCGAAAUCGUUAAGGGAUUCCCUCCAGCGACCCCUUACAUCGGAGUCAGCCCUACCUUCUGUUACUUGUUGAAAGAAAAGAAACCUUUUUGCUGCUUACAACUUGCUCAAGUCUGUGACCACUGUUCCUUUCGGAAUGCUAAAGAGUACGAUUGGAGUAAUCCAUGUAUAAUUCUGGCAGCAGAUUUCGCAAGCAAUGGGAUCUACAAUUUCAUUGUUCCGCUCAGAGCUCACUUCCGGAGUCUUCAGUUUCUUAAGCCCAUUAUUUUGCUUUUAGAAAAAACACCAGAUCCGGCUUUUCUUCAUGCCAUUUCCUGGUUUCCUUUAGUUUAUUGGAUGCAGGGCUCUAUUGAUUAUCUAGACGACUUGCUAAAGGCGGGGAUUAACCUAGCAGAGAGCGUGGUGGUGGUGAACAAGGAGAGCAGUAAUUCUGCUGAAGAAGAUCACUUGGCCGACUGUAAUACCAUUGUUGCUGUACAGACUAUGUUCAGGCUGUUUCCCAGUGUGAGGGUCAUCACAGAAUUAAGCCAGUCUAGCAACAUGCGGUUCACGCAGUUUCGAGCCCAUGAUCUCUAUGCCCUUCAUCUGUCCAGAAUGGAAAAGAGAGAGAAAGAUCGAGGGUCCCAUAUUUCCUACAUGUUCCGGUUGCCAUUUGCAGCUGGGAAUGUGUUCAGUGCCAGUAUGUUGGAUACCAUGCUUUAUCAGACCUUCGUGAAGGACUAUAUGAUCACAUUUGUACGUCUUCUUCUGGGUAUAGACCAGGCACCUGGAUCAGGGUUUCUGUCAUGUGUAUGGAUCACAAAGGAAGAUCUGUGGAUUCGAACUUAUGGACGACUUUACCAGAAACUAUGUUCCACGUCUUGUGAGAUCCCUAUUGGAAUCUACCGUACAGUGAGCUCAGAUAGUGGCUCUGUAACAUUAGAGUUGGCAGGUGAUAAAGACAUAGGAGCUAGGAACAUUGACCUUCAACGUGAGGAGAUCUGUAAUAUGGUUCGCACCCGAAUGCAGAACUUAGGACUGCCAACAAAAGAUUAUGAUGACGUGUCAGAAAAACGAAACAGUCUGUCUUAUGUGAUUAUUAACCCAAGCUGUGAUCAGAAACUUGAAGAAGGUGACACAAUAUUUGUAAUUCGACCCAAUCCAAUACUGAGUAAAAGGUUAUUUAUAAACAAAGAAGAAUCAAUGACAGUUAGAACCCCCUCACGGCGUGUCCGUCGACUACACGAAGAUAGAACACCCACAAAAGAGUUAUCGCCAAGUUUUGCCCUGUCAACUGCUAAUGCAACUGAAAAUAGCAUUUCAUCAGAGGAGCAGAUGAAUAAUGGAAAUCUACGAUUAGAAGUUUCUGGAACUACAAACGUAGAAAUUACCCCUCCAAAUAAGAACGAGGCAGUCACAGCUGUCUAGCUAAUUUAUCUUGAAAGAACUUGUUCAAGUUUGCUAUUUUGUUAAAAAUGCUUUUAUGUUGGUUUAAUACUUUGUCUUAAGACGUUAUUUAAAAAAAAAGAGUAUUUAAGAAAAAUAAAUUAAUUAUACGCGUGAAAAAUAGAUUGGAUGUACAUUUUCAACUAAAUUCUGUAAUCUUAGAAGAAAUGUAAUUUUUAUUAAGAAAUACUUAUUAGCUAGACACAAAUGAAACACCAGUGUCUUUCCUUUACUAGUUUCAAAAAUAAGGCUAUUCGUAGAACUGCUAAGGAUGUGUUGUUAUAGAAACAUGGUUAUCGUGUAUGUCACGCUAGUCAGACAAAAAACGUGCAAUCACACAAAAUUACCGUUUUUGUAAUUGAAGUUUUUGAGACAACUUGUUAUUUGUUUCAGUUGGUAUGUUUAAAUGUCCUUAACCGAAAUGAUUUCAUGCACCGUAACUGAAAUAUAUACCUUAUGAUACAAUUUAUUCACAAGUUUUUGCCUUAAUUCCUAAAGCAUCGAAAUAGAAUCGAUUAAAAAUCCAUUAUUGUUAAAGGAAAAAUUUUUGGAACAGAUAAUUGUGAUUAGUAUUAAUAUAAAACCAGCAAAUGUUCGUUAAUAGUAAAUUUGAGUUUAUUUUUUUGAAGUACUUCCAACAUUUAUGGGCGAUUACCUGCUUAACACAUAGUUUAUUUCAGUAUGUGAAGUAAACCAAACCAAAUAAUUUGAGAAUUACAAAGAUGUUUUCAGUUAAGCUCUACAAAAUUGGAAUCCAAAUGGAUCACUAACAUGUAUUAUUACUGUACUUAAUAUUACUUCUAUAUUCUAUUUCAUUAAACUUUCACUAAAAGGAAUCUGAAAGGAUUUGCUGACAAUUUUCUUUUAAUACCAAAUAUGUAAUACUAAAAUAAAUAAUUUGAAAUUGUUUUCAAAUAUUUGUAUAUUUCUUAACAUAUUCCAAUUGUAACCGACAUUUAUUUUUGUUCUACAGUUCUCAGAAAUUAUUUGUACAUGCUUUGGAUUUUUAUAAGUCAGUAUUAUUCAAACAUCAGAAAAACAUUUUUCAACAGUAUUUUUAACGAUAUUUAUUUGAAAAACGAUUUUUUUUUUUGCCUCUCG